CGACGACCAGAAACGCAAGAAAAUCUAUAUCCUAGCCAAGCUCAGUUUCCCGUGUGUGAAGAUACUCGACCCCUAGGAUGGCCAAACGCGGUGCACAAUCGACGCUCGACCAUUUGAACUGGAACGAAGACGAAACACCGGAAGAAGUAGGCGAGUUUGCCAAGGCAAGCGAGGAUGUUAUAAAACAGCGAGUCAUCAAGAAGGCCCGGCGUCGCGUUGCGGGUGAUGCGGACAGUACUGCGGCAGCGACGUCUUCCGUGUUCGGAGGAUUCAAGGGAUUCCAGUCAACCCCGCUGGCCACGAAACCGGAAGCCGGUGCAGCAAAAACAUUCUCCUUUUUAGCGACUCUCGGUGCGAACUCGAACGGUAAUGGCGCCGCCGGUGUGUCUUCCAGCGGCACUGUGGGCAGCAGUAGCGCCACACCGAUGUUUUCGUUCGGAUCCAACGCAAGCGCACCGGCGGCAGCAGUGGAUGCUGGCAAAAAUACGUUCACAUUUGGAUCUCAGGCUAGCCUGAAGGCGGACAGUACGGAAGGCGCGAAAAAACCGGCCCCCACCGGCUUUGGCAUAUCGUCCUCGAAGGACAACGAUACCGACACCAACAAGAACAUGUUCAGCUUCGGAACUAAUCCAGCGAAACCGAACACCACCUUCGGAGAUGUAGCCGGUAAAACGUUUUCUUUCGGAUCGAAUGUCCCCAAACCGGCAGCCACGGCCGAGGCGGAUAAGAAACCAUCCACGUUCGGUUCGCCUGCAACGACCGAUUCAGGACCAAACGCGAGUGAAAAGGAAACCUCUACAACUACCACUAAAAGUACGUUUUCGUUUGGAAAAACCUCAACACUAUCGGACUCGGCCGGUACGGCCGUUAAGAGCACGUUUUCAUUCGGUUCCCCCAAGACCGACGCACCGAAUGCUUCGUCGACUGGACUGAUAGGCGCCCCAAAGAGUACGUUUUCGUUUGGAUCCAUUCCACCGAAAACGGAUUCAGCCGAGCCAGCGGCGGCAAAGGAACCGGCAACAAUAGGUUCCCCGAAAAGUACGUUUUCUUUCGGAUCGUUGGGCGGCAAGCCUGAUUUACUCUCGAAGAGUGCAUUUUCCUUCGGCUCGAUUCCACCGAAAAAAGAUUCAACCGAUUCUGGGUCUGCCGGUAAGGACACCGCCGUAACGCCAACAACAACACUAUCUCCCCCGAAAAGUACGUUUUCGUUUGGUUCGCUCGCCGGCAAAUCCGAUUCGCCGGGUGGUGCCGCCGCUGCUAAAAGUACGUUUUCUUUCGGAUCGAUAACGCCAAAGGCGAAAGAUUCGGGAGAUUCCGAAUCAAAAGACAAAACCCCAAAAGACACAGCUACAAAAAGUACGUUUUCUUUCGGUUCGAUUCCACCGAAGAAUGAUGCUGUCGAAGGAGCUGGAGCUAACAAAAUUACGUUUGGUUCAUUACCGGCCAAAGAAAGUGCAGCCGAUACCGGGAAGCCGGCAUAUUCCUUUGGCGUUCCGGCCGGCAGCACCAAAUCGACGGUGGCAAGCACGGACAAAGCGGCGUUCACCUUCGGCGCCGCGAAAGAGAAACCCGAUGAUACGCUCAAGAAAAUGUUCAGUUUUGCCGGCACCGGGGCUUCCAAAAACACAACCGACAAAGAGGCGGAUAAGGAGUCCAACAAAGUGCCAUCAUCUACUAGCACGUUUGGCCCAAAACCUACCGGGAGCGGGGACGAACCAACCGAUCCAGGGGAGAGGCCGAUAUGUUCGAGUGCUGACGAGGCGAAGGCAAAUUUCCAGGCCGACGUUAUUAAACUGAAUCAAACAUUCGUCGACUGGAUUUCCUCGAAUGUCCAGGCGGCACCCUUCUGCAAGCUCCACGUGGUAUUCCGCGAUUACGAAAAGUUCUUCGCCGAGUUGGAGGCAGAAAAGGAACAAGCUCUUAGGUUAGUUGCAGCCAAGGAAAAACAACCGCCGAAAGAACCGGAGAAACGAGCGAAAACCCCGGAAAAAGAGAAACCGAACGUUUCGGUGCCGGAGAAAGAAAAGGAGAAACCGAAGCCCACCUUUUCCUUUGGCAUUUCCGCUCCGGUCAAAGACUCCCCGGCAAAGGUGCCAGAAUCUUCACCGGUGGCGGCGGUGGCGACUGCGACGGUCAGUACCGGAUUCACCUUCGGAGCGGCCAAACCGUUCUCUUUCGGUUCCGGUUCCAUCGGGGGCAUAACUGCAUCAACUCCACUGGGAGCUUCCAAACCAUCGGCCGGCAUCACCUUUGGCACUCCAUCGUCCACCAGCGUGCCGACUUCGUCUCCUUCCUUCUUCGCCGGUGCGUCCACAUUCGGCAGUAAACCGGCAGCCACUCCGGGUAGCACUCUUUUCGGAUCCUCCAUACCCGGUGGGCUAACUUUCGGUAACGUAUCCAAGCCGGUCACCGGGGAUGGAGACACUGCCGGCGCGAAGCCGGAUGGUGAAGCCGAAGCGGACGAAGACGAACCACCGAAGGUGGAGUUUACUCCGGUCGAGGAAAAGGACAGCCUGUACUCGAAGCGCUGCAAAUUGUUUGUGAAAGCGGGCGGCUCGUUCUCGGACCGUGGCAUCGGAACGCUACACAUCAAGAAGGUGGACACUAAGGUGCAGCUGCUGGUGCGGGCGGAAACGAGCCUGGGUAACAUUCUGUUGAACAUCGUCCUGAACGAAACCGUACCACUGCAGCGAAUGGGAAAGAACAACGUGAUGAUGGUGUGUCUGCCGACGCCGGAAUCGAAACCGCCCCCGACCUCGGUACUGCUGCGGGUGAAAACGGCCGAAGAAGCGGACGAACUGCUGGAAACGUUGCUUAAGUAUAAGCCGAAGUAAGUGACACUCAUCCUGCGAGUACUAAAGUAAUUCUUGUUCUAUCUCGCCACGCGCGCGUAUCUUUAUCGUUUUAUUUUUAUGUACAACAUCAGAUGGAAUUCCUUUCAGAAUAAAAAAAAGCUUACAAGACCGUAAACCCGUA